AUGACAUCUGGGGUCAUGCCGUUCUAUAAUAUAUCUCAUAAUGCACAGCUUAUUUUUAGAAUUUGCUCUGGUGAACGUCCAAAAAUUAUUGAAAAUACUCCACUUAAUUAUGAAAAUCUGAUGAAAUUGUGCUGGAAUCCUGAUCCAUCUCAACGAUUAAAUGGCGCAGAAAUUUUUAUAAUAAUUAAUGAUUGGAUCGAAAAUUUUGAAAAAAACCCUCAUGAAAUAAAAUCUAAUUAUGUAAAAGAUGCAAUAACCAAAUUUAAAGAACAUGAUAAGUUAAAAAUGACCACAUCAAAUGAUGAAGCCGAUCCAAUCUAUACUCAUCAUCCACAGUCCUAUA